UUGGUUGGUGACUGAUGCACAAGGAAAGGACACCUGGUAGUAGGCUGUAUGACUACCCAGAGGGACUGAAACCCCGUCAUUCUAACCGGCUGCUGCCAGGGGGGGAACUACCAUGGAUUCUACCCAAGUCGUGAGUUUUCUUGUAGCCAUCUUGCUAUCUUUUGGGAGUGCAUCAGAAACUAACAAACAGAAAAGAGACACUGCUUUUGAGAUCUAUAAGAAGCUUUUCGAGGUGAAGCGAAAGGAUCAGAUCAAUGCCCUGAAUAAUCUGAUAGAAUUAAAUGAUGUGAACCAGCAGUAUAAGAUCAUAGACAUCAUGUUAAAGGGGCUUUUUAAGGUACUGGAAGACUCUCGAGCUGUCUUGAUUGCAGCAGGAGUGCAACCAGAUGGCCCCUUCCCUGAGGAUGAGAAGAUUAAAGAUGCCUAUUCACACACUGUGGAGAAUUCCGCAUUUUUCGGGGACGUGGUCCUAAGAUUCCCCAAGAUAGUACAUCACUAUUUUGACCGCAAUUCCAAUUGGAACAAUCUGAUCCGAUGGGGUAUUGGAUUCUGCAAUCUGAGCGGGAUUUUCGAUGAUGGACCCCAUUCUCAGCUCCUUGGCCUUAUGGCUCAGGAGUUGGGUAUAAGUGAGAAAUCUCCUGAUUACAGAAAUCCUUUCAAGACCGAAAAUAUGGAGUUUUUGUCAAAUACUGAUGCUUUCCAGAAAGCAUUAAGAGAGGAGGAAAAGAGAAGACGGAAAGAAGAGAAGCGGAAGGAGAUAAGGAAGGGACCACGGAUUACAAGAUCUCGGUCAGAGUUGUAACACUGCCUGUGGGUCUCGCGUAUGGAAAACAUAUGGAGGAUCUGCAAAGAGCCUUACAGUAGCACAUCAUGCCAACAGUAACAUUUAUGAGCAGAAUCUGGGAAACCUUUACUGUUACAGAGCGAGACUUAUGUUUGGAAACCGGUUGGAUCUAUCACAGCAAAAAAAAAAAAAAAAAAGAUUUUCUUAACAUUUCCUUAACCAAUUAAGAUAACAUAUAAAACUAUAUUUUGUGUUUGAUUUACUAGGUACACAGCUUGAAAGUAAAAUACACACUUUAGAGCAAUGCGGUUCUUACCUAUGGAAAUCCUUACAUGAAAUUAGGCUAGAGAAUAAAAAAAAUGAAAAUAAAUAUUUGCAAAUAGAUUAGCAUCUCUUAAUCCCUUUGAUAGCUGUUUAACUCUUAAACUACAAUCUGAUGCCAUAAUAGUCAGCUGGCUGGUAACCUGUGACCAAACGAGCUGGUUGCCUUUCAUUUUUUUUUUUGUUAAUGUACUAAUAUUUGUUUGCUUUGAGCAUUGUAAGCUUUGAAAAUCUAUUAGUCAUAUUUAAUUAAAAAUUAUUUUUUUGUGCAAAAAAAAUAAAAAAGCUUCGAAAACUGUAAAAACAGUGAACAGGGCUUUAAGUUAGCUCUAAUAUUUUUUUCUCUUUUGUGGAAAUUUUGUGUAGUUUUUAUUAGAUUUUAGACAUAUAAUAUUAGAAAGUUGCAGCUUACAACUAGCGUACAAAUAUAGCUGAUAAUCUUCAGGCAUGUCCUUUGGUCUCAAGCGAGUAUUCCAACAGACCUUCCUGUUACAGUCCCAGCAUUGGAUUGUGAAACUCACUCAUGUUAAGACCUCUCUGUAGCGUUGCUUUAGCUUUCACUCAAUUGUCUCACAACCUGUACAUUACUUUUAAAAAGGACCAUGUUAGGUCUGUCAAACAGCCUUGUAACAGAUUUGGUUUCCUGGGCCGUGUCUCUGCUGCUAGAUGAUUUCUGGAGUAAAGUCAUCAAAAUAUCAUCACUGUACUCUGAGAUCAAGUGACCACUUAUGUUUGACAAGAUGUGUUUGUGUGAAUAAAUGAUAGUAAUAUUUGGACUUAAGCUGGACUUACAAGUGUGUCUUCUAGAGCCACGACCUGCGUCUUAAGGGAAAAGAGAAGACCAUUGAUGAAUGUCUUGUUGUUUGAGUAGCCAAGAUGCUAAUGAGUUUUUUUGGGGCAGAUUUUUUUUAGCCUACUGUUUAAGAAUAAUAAUGAAUAUUUUUCAUUGCUUAUUUGUGAGCAAUAUGAACAUUUUUAAGUGCUCUAUUUAUUGUGACAUUAUGGCAGCUGCAAUAUAUGGAUAUAUAUGCACAAUUCAACACGUGUCAAAUUUAGGAAAUGCUAAAAUCACUGUGUGUGCUGCUGGCCCUUUAAGUGGAAAACCUUUAUAAUUACAAUGAAAAUUCUAUUAAUAUAUCAUCUUUGUGCAGAAGGCACAUGGAGCUUGCUGCUCUAACUGUGCAGCUACUCUGCAGUAUGGGAAUUAUGGACCGCAAACUCACACACCUUGACAUAUCUUCUAAAUAUCAUUUUAAAUUUAUGAAUAUGUUACUUUUUUGGGGGGUGGGGGAAAGGGGCUUUGAUCUUGUAGUUUUGGGGCAAAAUUUAAUGUAUACAGUAAUAUUUUGUUAUCUUUCCAAAUUAAUGUUAAUUGAUUUGCUAUUGUGUAUUGUUCUGCAUAAUUUUACAAAGGGGAGUAAAAAUCUAUGGAGAGAAAAAAAAACAUAUUUUGUGAGUGAAAUUGUAUUUAAACCACAUGUGUAGUAUGGAUGUAUUUUCCUAAAAUUAUCAUUAAAGUUUGAGGAACGUUUAUUUAAUUGCA